AUGUUCGGUCGUAACUUGAAAACGGUCCGUUUUGGCGCACGUUGGAAGUCUUCGGCGUCCAAUCCGGGUCACGUGAAGUCCAGAUCGUCGGUGCUAGGCAGCCAAUACGUUGGUUACGGGCUGUUGGCAGUGACCUUAACUGGGCUUGUUUAUAACGAGGAUUUUCGAGCCCGUACUGUCGACUCCUAUUUGGUUGCUGAACGGGUGGGAGUUGUUGCCGUGGCUACCACCAAGUGUUUCUCGUACUAUCUAAGAACGUUGAACCAGAACUAUGAUACCCAGGAGGAAUAUUACAAGGCUUUGUCAAAGACCCACAAAAAGGCAGCAGAGACAACUCUGGCAGCUCUGCGCAAAAACGGCGGCAUUUACAUCAAGUUGGGCCAGCACGUUUCUGCUAUGUCGUAUCUGUUACCCCUUGAGUGGACAAGCACGAUGGUUCCUCUCCAAUCCGAGUGUCCGGAGUCAUCGCUUGAGGAUCUGAAGCAAAUGGUGGAGCAUGACCUCCAAGUGAAGUUUGACGAGUACUUCGAGGAAUUUGAUCCAAAACCGAUUGGUGUGGCCUCGCUUGCCCAAGUGCAUGUUGCUACGCUCAAAGGGUCGGGGCAGAAGGUGGCCGUGAAGCUGCAACAUCCGUCGUUGGAGAAAUUCGUUCCUCUGGACGUUGAGCUGACAGCACUUGUUUUCAACUCGAUGAAAAAAGUGUUUCCUCAGUACCCACUUACCUGGUUGAGUGACGAGCUUCGCCAGUCGAUCUUUGUGGAGCUCGAUUUCAGAAAUGAGGCCGAGAACGCCCAGACUACUGCAAACUACUUCCAGAACUACAAAAAGCAAACCGCGCUUCGCAUUCCGCAAGUCUACGCUGCCAAACGCCGUGUUUUGGUGAUGGAGUUCUUGAGCGGGUCGAGACUCGACAACCUGGAGUACCUGGACAAAAACAAUAUUUCCAGAUCAGAGGUAUCGUGCUGUCUCUCCCAUAUCUUCAAUAAUAUGAUUUUCCAGACUGGAUUCGUUCAUUGCGAUCCGCACCAUGGCAACCUCGCCAUCCGAGCGCUGCCAAAGAAGAAGAACGGGCAUAACUUUGAGAUCAUCUUGUACGACCACGGCUUGUACAGAAGAAUACCCACUCAGAUGAAAGUCGAUUACGCAAAGUUCUGGCUCGCCAUGAUAGAGAAGAAACCAGACCAGAUGCAGAAAUACGGCAAACGGUUUUCCAAGAUUGAGGACGACUCGUUGUAUCCACUUUUGGCGGCCGCUCUCACGGGACGCGACUUUGAGCACGCAUUGUCUGGUAACAUUGCCAUUCCUCGAAGCGAAAAGGAGAUCGAGGCCAUGAAAAACGCCAUUUCCAGCGACGGUCUUCUGCUCGACCUCAUGGCGCUGUUAUCUUCUGUUCCGCGCAUAGUGCUUUUGAUUUUGAAAACAAACGAUCUGACCAGGCAUCUGGACGAGGCGUUGCAGAACCCGCUUGGUAUGGAACGCACGUUCUUUAUCAUGGCUACCUACUGUGCGAGAGCCGUUUAUGCUGAUGAGACAUCCAAGUUGCGCAAACGCAGCCCUUUCUUCUCACUCACCCGUUUGGUUGGCUCCGUCACAGCGUGGUGGAACCUGUACAGCCGGAUCCUGCUGCUCUCGUUCUACGAUAUCGUCUUCUACCUGCGCAACAUGGUGUGA